AUGUAUUGGAAUCCGUCUAUUUUCCCAUUAAAUCAACAUCGAUAUUUGAUUGCUGUACGUGAAUCAACGCGACAAAACUGUGGUGGUAUGAUUGGUACAUUAACAACUUUAGCCAGAGUGUUUUUUAAACCAGCCAUAAGUAAUGUUCUGAUUGGUUCAUUGAAUCCUAAUGAAUUAAUAAUAAAAUCGAACAAACAAGUUACUGUUCGUCUAAAUCAACAACUUCCUGAUUCAUUUCAGUAUGAUCCUAAUGCAUAUCAUAGCGGACACGAAGAUCCAAGAUGGGUCGCUGAUGGAGAUAAACUUUAUUUACUUACAUCAUCUGAACGACAGUCCAGACCACAUUUAUUUUUGACUAGAGUGAUGUUAAUACAACAGCAUAUCGAUAAUAAUAUGGAUAGUGAUUUAAUUAAAUUUGGAGAAACAAUCGAAUUGAGAACUCUUUUUGACGCACCGUCUGCCCAAAAGAAUUGGAUGCAUGUACCUAUACCUGUCAAUGAGAAACCGAAAGAGCAUCGUAAUUGGUUAUUAUUUGUCUAUCAAAUAUUUCCUG